AUGUCAACGCUGUCAUUGCCAUCUUGCAUCAACCUUCGAAACCAACCAUGGUCUCCAUCUUCACUAUUGCUCAAACCUUCUUCACUCCCAAAUAUUCGAUUCUACUCUCACCAUAGCAACAAGAAGAAUCUAACAUCUUUCUCUAUUUCUGCUCAAUCUUCAGCUUUCGACCUAUCUCCUCCCCCCAUCGACCAUGAUUUCCUGGAUACAGUCAAAACUGCAGGCGCUGAGGUUUCUGGGGAAGGAAUAAUUGAAACAUUUCAUAAUGAUGAUGAAGCACUGGAUGCCGCAGACAAUGGAGUUGUUGUUGUGGAUCUUUCACACUUCGGCCGGAUAAGAGUGAGUGGAGAUGACCGUGUUCAGUUCCUUCACAACCAGAGCACUGCAAACUUUGAAAGUCUACAAGCAGGGCAAGGAUGUGACACUGUUUUUGUAACUCCAACAGCUCGAACUAUAGAUAUCGCACAUGCGUGGAUCAUGAAAAGUGCAAUAACUUUAGUGGUUUCACCAGAGACUUGUCGGACCAUUACUGAAAUGCUGAACAAGUACAUAUUUUUUGCUGAUAAGGUAGAGAUUCAAGACAUCACUAAGCAAACCAGCUUAUUUGUUUUGGUGGGACCCAAAAGUGGCCAGGUGAUGGAGAACUUGAACCUAGGCGAUCUUGUUGGAAAAACAUAUGGUACUCAUCAACAUUUUUAUGUUGACGAGCAGCCUAUAACUAUAGGUGUUGGAAAUAUCAUUUCUGAAGGUGGUUUUUCAUUGAUGAUGUCUCCAGCAGCUGCUCCAUCUGUCUGGAAAGCUAUUCUUGCUCAAGGGGCUGUUGCAAUGGGUUCUAAUGCUUGGAAUAAAUUAAGGGUUAUUCAAGGAAGACCUGCUCCUGGAAUGGAGCUUACAAAAGAAUUCAAUGUCCUGGAAGCCCAUCUAUGGAACUCAAUUUCUCUAAACAAGGGCUGUUACAAAGGUCAAGAGACUAUAGCUAGGCUCAUAACAUAUGAUGGAGUCAAACAGAGGUUAUGGGGAUUUCAUCUUUCUGCAGCCGCAGAACCUGGCAGUAUUAUUACAGUCGAUGGGAAAAAGGUAGGGAAAUUGACUAGUUACACGUCGGGAAGGAAGCAAUCUGAACACUUUGGAUUAGGCUACAUAAAGAAACAAGCUGCUUCAGAAGGAGACAGUGUAACUGUUGGAGACAACAUCACUGGAACAGUAGUAGAAGUACCUUUUCUCUCUCGACAGCGCCCACUGUCUGGUAGUUCAACUUCAUGA